GCAUUUGUACCACGCUCAUUCGUCUUCAUCCGCAACGCUGGUUAUCUCACAGCCCCCUGCAUAUAUGCGUCUGUAUUGUCCUCACAAUUCAUUUCACUGCAAUGCCAACAACUGUCAACAAUCGACCUCCUGUGAAGGCUAGUGAAGGCUUCCGACAUGCGAAUCGGUGUCCAGCUUGUGUUGGCCCGCUCAAUGCCACAGCUGAUUGAUGGAGGCGAGGGCUGUUGCCUUGGGUGCCGGUCGUUAUGAUUUCAGAAAAUGUCGUAUUUCUGCUGGUACCUGAUUGCAGAUAAGUCGCGCGACAUGCAUGGAGGAGGGAUGCGCCACGGAAUUGCCACGGCCUGUUUACUGUCAUCUCCCGUGCGAACAUAGAUGUUGUGCGGGGAGAACGAGUUAGACCGAGAGUCGGAAUUGUCAUUGCGACACGCCGAAGACCCUUGACUGCUCUGGAGUUAGCCGUGUAUCUUCAAGAUGAGGUGACAGGCAGCCUCUUCAUGAACGUGCCUCGUUAGCGUGUACUCCUCCACGUCAUGUCUCCGGCCUGAAGAUAGUCUGAUCGCCGCGGCUUGGACGCGUCACCGUUACGCAGCGCUUCGAUAGCUAUUAGCUGCGACCAGUUCGAUAUGGUUCGAAACUCUGAAUCUGGCGCUCCGCGGGCGGAAAUUACUAUGUGUACAUGGCCAUGUACUCGGGCGAUACGGAGACCGACGCCGUCCACCACGACUGACGCCUGUUUCAUGUCGAGCGGCAACGACCUCAAGUUAUGCCACUGCGCCGUGCGUCGGAAGCUUCGCAGAAUGACUUAAUGCCGGUGAGCUUCUUUGACACGCAGUGGAUCGACUUCUCUCGGCUCCACGCGGACCAAUCGCAAAUUCGCGUCGCUUUUUCUGUGCUCUCCUUUGUCUGGACUCUGCUUCGCGGUCGGUUGCGCGCACAGGAGGCAGAGAACGCGGCGCGAUCCCUCCCAAACCGGAAUGAGUUUCUGCAGAGUUUGGUAUGCCGUACGUUGUUUCCUCGACGGUCCUCGGUGUUGGCAUGAUACCGAGGUCUGGAACGUGCCGAUGCUAUGUAGAUUUCCUGCCGUUCGAGGAGUAGGCGGGCGUCACGACUGAGAAGUGUGUGCUUCUCCCUUCGUGCAAGGCUAUGUCAAGGCUAUGGGGAUGUGCUAUCUGGCCACACGGUGUUCUGCUAUCUAUGAUGGAGUCCGACCUCGACUUCGCACAGCUUGCGUCAACGCCCUCUGACCCACUGGUUGAGGACGAAUACCAACAACACGGGCAUCAUACCACCUACUACGUAUGCCUCGUCGCGCCCGGAGCAGUCCCCUUCGCCUGUGAUCAUUGCAUAUACGCAUACACGGUGUAUCCUCGUCAGGUUACCUACCACCAACGUUCUUCGCCGUUUGACGUGACCUUGACAUUGGUCUGCUUGUGGACCGCUCCACCGCAGUGGUGGAACACCCUGUUUUGUGCAGACGCACUCGCGUAUGUUGCGCGCUUGCCUGCGGUCUAGGCCGCUGCUCCUCCGCCUCCCGCCUUCCUUGGGUAUCCUAUGCCAUACCAGGCGCGGCUCUAGUGCUCUAGCGUAUGCGCAUCAAUGGGGUCGUUUCCGCGCACGGAUAGGGAUGUCUGUGUGUUGCCCUGUUGAGUGUGCGCGUUGCCCCGCUCAGUCCGUCCUUCGGGCGUGUCGUGCUGGUCGCUGAGUCGCGCUCGUUCGAGACUCUUGAGCUCUCCGCACCCUAGAACUGCCCGUGGCCGUCCCGUUCUGAUGGGAUCAUGGCUGGCCUGGCCGUGGAAGGGUACCCGCCUGAAGUGAUGCGUAAAGUCCGUCGUACCGGCGGCAUCGUAUUACGAGCGACGUGCGCACGAUGAUCAUGUAGCUGCGGCGAAGGUCCAGCUGCAUUCAUACAAUUGGAGAUUGCUGUUGAGCAGCGAAGUCUCGAUCCCCUUUGAUCUCGUGUGUUCGACCAACCGAUGCCUGUACGCCGUCGUGUUGGUGGAUACAGGGUUUUCUGUUUGGUACGUUCCCGCAUCCUGUCCGAGCCACGUUUGUGCUAGGUCUAUCCCCUUAGGAUCUAUCUAACUACGCUGACAUUCAUCUCUGGUUCUCGUCAUGCGGCCUGAUUGUUCCUCUCCUCGAGUGUAGGCCUGCGAACGGCUCUCAUACCCAGGAGUUACCUCGGCCUCGUGUUCGUAUCAUCUUUGUUCUUUCGUGAUGCAUCUCAGAGAGCUUCCAACGCAUCCUUCUUGCUGCUAAACGAACCUUAGGAUGAGUCCUUCGGUCCCUGGUCCUGGUGCUGCGGGGCGCUGAUAGCCGACGACGUCGAACCUCCACUUUUUCUCAGCCUGAGGACAGCCGUCAUUGCAACGUGUCAUGACAUGCGGAGCUUUUGCGAGGGGACGAAUGCUCUACUGCGUACGGCGACUGGACGGCUGCACUGGUCCACUCGACAAUGUCUCUGGUCUGGCUCGGUCUGGCGGGGGAUUGCGGUCUCUUGCGGAAGUGCUAUACCUGUCGCGACUUCGGCAAUUAUGGUAUUUUGAGUGUCGUCGCUGCGGCUACCCGCAAAUCUGACGGCGCGUUGCUCCUCAAUCGUUGUGGAAAGACUCAAAUCGAGCGGUCAUUCAGUGGAAUCCCUGGUCACUGUUAUCCGAGGCCUGGACCUACCUGUCGCUCGUUUGCUCGCUUUCUGCGAUUCCUUCUCUGAAAUUUCGCGAAGUUCAAGGCAUUCGGGUAUCUCUAGCUGGUGCAGCGCGUAUGACAUACAUCGUGCUUCGUCACUUCUGGCCUAGAUGCUGC